AGGGAGUGCUCUCCUUAGAAACCACGUGCACGCAGACAACCGCACGCACGUCCCGGUGGGCGGGAAUCGCCUGCCUGCGCUUCCCCCUGCCUCUUGGCGUUGGUCACGAGAGCGGCCGGGAGCCCCCGUGCACCGGGCCCUGCACCUAACCAGAGCUGGAGCGCGCCCGAGCUCGGGGACAGACUGCGGGUGUCCCGGUGCCUCGCUCCACACCAGAUUUCUCUGGAAGGCGCGUCGGCGCGGGUUCGGAGCUGACCCGCGACCCCCGCCGGCGGCGCUCGGCUAUCUUCGCGCCGGCGCUCGGCGGCGCUCGGCAGUCUCCGUCCUCUCGUCUCGGCGCUCGGCUCCGGUCCGCGGCCGCUGCGGCGCCGGGCAUUUCUCCGCAGCUGGGCUGGCGGCCGCGCCCGCCGCCCGGCCCGCGCCCAUGCAGGCCAUUAAGUGCGUAGUGGUCGGCGACGGCGCCGUGGGGAAGACCUGCUUGCUGAUCAGCUACACGACCAAUGCCUUCCCGGGAGAGUACAUCCCCACCGUUUUUGACAACUACUCUGCGAAUGUGAUGGUGGAUGGGAAGCCGGUCAACCUGGGACUGUGGGACACUGCUGGGCAGGAGGACUACGACCGGCUGCGGCCGCUCUCCUAUCCCCAGACUGUAGGUGACCAGAGGGCCAGCCCCAGGAGCUGGGUGGCUCAGGACGUCUUUCUGAUCUGCUUCUCCCUGGUGAGCCCGGCCUCCUUUGAAAAUGUUCGAGCCAAGUGGUACCCGGAGGUGCGGCACCACUGCCCCCAUACGCCCAUCCUCUUGGUGGGCACCAAGCUGGACCUCCGUGACGACAAGGACACCAUCGAGCGGCUGCGGGACAAGAAGCUGGCGCCCAUCACCUACCCCCAGGGCCUGGCCAUGGCCCGGGAGAUCGGCUCUGUCAAGUACCUGGAGUGCUCAGCCCUGACUCAGCGGGGCCUGAAGACGGUGUUUGAUGAGGCCAUCCGGGCUGUGCUCUGCCCGCCCCCCGUGAAGAAGCCAGGGAAGAAGUGCACGGUCUUCUAGAGCCUGGCUUCCAGAGGAGCAGCCCCACCGCUGCCCGUGUCUGCUGUCGUGUUGAGAUGUUUGGUGUUCCUGAGUCUGCUGUGGGGGAGUUGUGUG